UGAGCAGCGUAGCAGUUUGUAGAAGGAUUUUAGAUCUAGAUCUAGAAUCUAGCUGUAAAAUUUCCUGCAGUUAUCCUUGAAAUGCCUACACGAAUUCAGGUCAAGGUUGUUACUAAACAGAUAAAAUAUUUGGAAGAAAAGAUACAAGUACUGGAACCUACCAUUGAACUUAUGAAAAAUGUUGUUACAAAAAGUAAGGCGUGGCUAGAAGAAAAAACUGACCAAUCAUCUGUCAGCUACAUCGAGCUAUCACAAGAACUGGACACAGCAGCCACGGCCUUGUUGGAUGUGACGUCACAUAUUUCUGAUGAAGACAACAAGGAUGUCAACAAACCAACGCCAUCUUUACCACAGCCUGACACACAGACAACAGCAACAUUUCUAACAGUAGAAUCACCAAGACAACUCAAGACACAAGUUCAACACGCAGCUGUUGAAGAACAUCCUGGCCUAGAGCGUAGACUCGCCUAUAUUGAAACAACACUAUCUUCACUACUUGACACACAACAAAAGUCUACAGAUGACAUAUCAGAAAUAAAACAAUGGAGAGACAACUUUGUAACGGAACAGAGUGACAUGGGGGUAAACAUUGAACAACUGACUAAAAAACAAAAGCAGAAUUUUAAAAACCUCAGAAAACAAAUGAGUGAGCAAGAUAACAAAUUAAAGGAGCUGAACGAAGAAAUAGAAAAUUUAAAAGAAAAAGAAUCCAAGUCAAACAAAACACUAAAGAAACUGUCUCUAGAUAUGAAAGAUUAUGAAAACAACUUACACAACAUAAAUAAAGAGAGGCAAGAUCACACAGAUAAAACUGAGAGUAUAACACAAGAUAUUAAAAGACAUUCAAAUCAGAUAGCUGCUCUACAAGAAGAGAGUUAUAAAAUCCAGCUUAAUUCAUCCACUCAAAUAGAAAAGUACAUUUUAAUGAACAAGCUCCUACAACAAAGGUUGAUACCUAUUGACAAACUGAUUCAAAUCUUUAACCAGAAGUUGGAGAAAAAGGAAGAUAGAAUAAUGAAGCUGGAAAAUAUUGAAGGUGCUAUUUCAAAAUUGUCCAAAGAUUUGAAUCUUAUAGAGUCACGUGUAGGUAAAAGAUAUGCUUGUCAUGCGGAGCUUGCUAAUAACACACCUGUCAGUAUUGGAUCAAUUAUUUCAAGAUUUAGUGAAUACUAUACCAAUUUAGAGAAUCAAUAG